AUGAUGGAAAUCUUUUCAUUUGUUUAUUAUGUGGAAUACUCCCCUUCUCCAUCACCGGGUGAAGUAAAGGCUAAAAGUGAAUUGGCAGUGGCAUCGAACGGACUAAAUCCACACGGUGUUUCGUCGCAAGUGGGUCAAUGGUCAGGGAUUAAGGUUAACCCAAUAAGAUUACUUUCGAGAACGCUCACAAACCGUGGCCACCUCUUGAAUGGUGGACAGUCGGGGCCUGUCCAGGAAACAGCACAGCUGCUUUAUGCUCUGAAGGUCGAAUAUUAG